CCAGCAAAAACCGGUUUUGUCUCUUCUCUGAUUCGCUCGCAAGCAAAAAUUACGGUAAUUUUUUUUGCCUUUGUUGUCUUUUCAUCGAGUUUGCACUGUUCCUUUAUUGGUAUUUGUGUUUUUGUUUGGGAGUAUUGGUGAGUGCCCAGCCGUAAGCUGACUUUUGGCAUCGCUGCAGUACAGAGAUGAAGUACCAAGGCUACCUGGAGCUGCUCGUGGAAAAGCAGGACAAGCUUCUUGUGGUGAAAUUCAACAAUCCCAAAAAGAAGAACUGCCUGAGUCCCGUGGCCUACAAGGAGCUGGCCCGCGUGCUGGGCGCAGUGAACAAUGAUGCUGACGUGACCAUAGUUGUGCUGACCGGGGUGGGCGAUUUCUUCACGGCUGGAAAAGAUUUAUCCCAAAGUGGCAAAACGGACAAUCUCACUGAGUACCUCGUACAGUCAAAUGUCGUAUUCAAAUUCAUGGUCCAGAGCUUUAUAAACUGCAAGAAGAUCGUCUUUACCCUGGUUAAUGGACCUGCGAUCGGCAUCGGCGCCACGAUUGUGGGCCUCAGCGAUGUCACCUGGUGUGCAGAGGAGGCAUACUUUCUCACUCCCUUCGCCAAGCUGGGCCUUGUCCCAGAAGGAGGCUCUUCCUAUAUGCUGCCCAUGAUUCUUGGUCGCUCCAAAGCCUCAGAAAUGCUCCUCCUCAACGAGAAGUUGUCGUCCGCCGAGGCGUACAAUUUCAACUUUGUGUCGCGCGUCUACAAGUCCGAGGAGCUGGAGUCAGUGAUUUGGCCCAAGCUGCGCGAGUUUUCCACUUUGCCACCGAAUUCUCUAAAGGAAGGAAAACGCUUGAUCAAGGAGGGCUUCCUUGCGAACCUCUUGAAAGCUCAUGAGGCUGAGUGCAAGGAACUGAUCAAUCGUUUUCAUGAAGAAGAGUUCUUGCAGGUCAUAAGGAACUUUGGAAAACGCAAGUCAAAACUAUAAAGAUUUUUGUUUCUUGUAAGCUAAUGGUUUUGGAGUUGUAUAUGAGUUUAGCGCUUAAGUUGUAUCAAAUACUAUAAAAUACAAAGAUGUUGCACUGGGA